AUGGAGGUCAAAGAACCCGAUACUGAAAGCGAUAGCGACGAAGAGGAGGAUGAGUAUGAACAAACAUCGGAGCGCCAACUGGAAUUGCGUAGGAUGGAAACAGCAUUGGCACAGGUUGUAGUUUCGAUGGAAACUGCGAACACUCACACUUCACGAGGUGCGAUGGGUAUUGUAGCGAACUACUCGGGGUAUAUCUAUUCAGCCUGGUGGCAGAUGAUAAGCAAACGAUGA